GUUCUAUGGCAUUUAAUGAAUAAUAAGAUAGUUAUUUUAUCGGUGGGUUAGUGUUUAGGAAAAUUUAGUGUUUGAGAUUUGCGUCCAUAUUCCAAUCUUAUCAAUUUAAGCAUAGAAACAGGUGAACUACACAAAAAAUAUUGUAAUUUAUUUAAUGCAAUAAAUAAAAUAAAUACAUUUUUUCACCUUUAUUAAUCAUACCCUUAUCUUCAAGUGCUUUUCGUUUAUCUUUCGUAUAUAAAGACAGUCGCUAAAGGAAAAUUCAUUUCCAAAAAAAAACCUUUUAUUACAAGUGUUAAAUAUGAAAAAGCAAGCGAUAUUUUUUUUAACACUCUUAGGAAUUAACCACGCAUUCGCUGGGGCUUGUUCUGGUCAAAUAUCCGGGUUAAACCUACAAGAAGAUGAGACAACAAACGAUUUACAAAUAACUUGGAAAGCUCCAUCCGGGGAAUCCGGAUGUACUUACACAAUUUCCUACACGACGAGCGCCCCUAAUUUUAAAUCAUUAUCGUUCGAAACUGAUGAUUUAUCAUACACCAUUGAAAGUGACAAGUUAGUGCCAUGCUCGAUUACUAAAAUUGGUGUAAAAACUAGCGGAGGCUCCGAAGUGAGUCAAGAAAAAGAAAUGGCAACUAUAACUUCAACGGCCCCUAUUUUAUUGGAUAUGACGACUAGUUGUGAUUCGAUCGAGAUGACUUGGGAAGGACAAUCUUACAACGAAAAUAUGUGUACCCACACUCAUUUUCAAUUAUUCUGUUUAUCAGAUACUCAUAAUUUUACCGUUCCUCAACAAGUAACCGACGAAGAAAAUCGUAUUUUCAAUAUUAAAUUAAAUACGGUGCUUCGACCAGAUAUUUAUUACACUUGUAAUGGUUAUAUGUUUGUUACUUUGGGGGGAUUCACACCGGCUAGUGAAGCUGUGCAAUUUUGGUCAAAUUUGGAUACCGUAAGGGAUUUAGCCGUCACCGAAAACAACAAUUUAAUCAGAGCCACUUGGGAACCACCCCUAAACUCAGAACAGUGCGGUGUUGGUUACCACGUCAAAUACGAAAACGAAGUCUUAGGAGUACACGAACAAGAAACUUCUGAUGUAUUCAUCGAUUUAGACGCCGAAAUCGUCCCUUGCACUAAAUACAACGUUUCGGUUACCCCAAUUUCAUUCACGGGAACUCACGGAUCCUUCGUUUCAGCAUUGUACGAAGCAACAUAUGAUACUCAAUCCGUAAGUGGAGCAUCAACAAACGAUGAUGGCCAAAGUUUAACCGUUUCUUGGAGCCCUAUAAACAUAGGAAAAUGUAACGUAAAGUUCGCGGUCGAUCAUUACGUUGAUGGGGAACUAAAAGACCACAAAGAAACCGUCGAAAACACCGUCGGUUUAGAAAGAAUCCCGUGUAGUGAAAAUAAAAUUGAAAUAUACGUAAUAAUCGAUGGGAAAGAAGGAAACCCGGUUGUACUCGACGUAAAUCUUUCUUCAUCCGAUAUCCAAGAUAUCGGAAAAGUUGAAAACUUGGCUGUUUCCGGUGACAAAAUCACUUGGUCCGCACCAAUUUCCGCUGGACGAUGCGGCCUCUUAUACGAAGUGACUCAUAUUAGCCCAACCGGAAGCGUUGUAAAUACCGUUUCAACAACAGAAACCUCACUCAAUUUAAUCCCAUGUUCUCAAAACACCAUCAUCGUAAAAGGAAUUUCGGGCCCGAUAACCGGCGAAGAAGCCUCACUUGAAUUUGUAGCCGAUCCAGUUGAUUUAGGCGCACCAGAAACUUUAAAAAUCAUCCCCGAUUUCACUUUAGCUUCUGUAACUUUACAAGCCGAGGGAAAAGAAAUCAAUUCAUGCCCAAUCACCGAGGCUGUAAUUUCAUGUCAAAAAGACGGAGAUGAUUCAGCUUUUGGAACUAAUAUAGCAGUUAAUGAUAAUGAUGAGAGAACUUUUGAUGUAGAUGUGGUUAAUUUAGAAACCGAUAAGAUUUACGAUUGUAAAUUGAGAUGGGCCAAUUCCGCCGAGUGGGUUUAUUUUAGAUUUAGAACUAUUCCGAUCCCAACUAAGAAAUUACAAGUUGUUGAUCUGAGUAAAAACGGAUUUAAUGUAGUUUGGGAAGAGGGGUAUGGGAAAGAAUUUGUAAAUAGUUACCAAUUGGUUAUUAAAUCCAACGGAAGGAAUUACGAAGUUGCUGAUUUCUGUGAUAAAGUAGAACCUGAAGAAUUUAGUUAUACUUUAAAAGGUGGGGAUGAAUCCCAAGUUUUCGUUAAUGGUUUCCCGGCUUUCGAUUACGAUAUUUCGUUAACAACUAAUUAUAAUUUGGGUAGUUUAGGGGUUAAAGAUGAAAGUGAUGGUUUAAACACUCAAACUUUAUCCGAUGUUCCCGGAUUACCGGAAAAUUUAGGAAUCGAAUUUGAUUAUCAACCAGGAGCCGCUUAUAAUGUAACGGGAAAAAUAACUUGGUCGGCUCCAUGCGAUCUUCACGGAUCCCUAAAACGAUUCGGAGUUAAAGUUUCGGCUACUUUUGAUUUAGGAGGGAAUGAACAUACCUUAGAUUAUUCCCUCGACGUUCCUGCAAGUUCCCCCAAUGAUGUUUUCAUGUAUGAACUCAAAGAGAUUAAUCCAUUCUUUAGUUAUGUUGUAUCGGUGAAUACAAUCGCUGAUUUUGAUGGUUUAACGAAGGAUUUGGUCAUCACCCCACCGGAUAUUUGUUCUUGCGCUACUUAUUAAUUUAUAACCUUAAUUUUGUUUUAAUAAAUUACAAAAAAGAUUUGUGGUUUAUGCAAA